AUGAAGUUCCUCGUUGCGAUCGCAGUCUGCGCCCUGGCCGGUGUGUGUGUGGCCGAUAGCUACGGCAAACCCGCCUACCCGGCAGCCCCCGUUGCCCACACCUAUCCUGCGCACGCCCCACACGUCAAGUGUGGUGCCAACCUGCUGGUCGGAUGCGCUCCCAACGUAGCCCACGUUCCGUGCCACCCAGCUCACGGAGGACACCAGGAGUAUCACCAUGCUGCUCCGGCUCCGGCUUACCACCACGCCCCAGCCAAGAAGGAGUACGGCCAUCACGCCCCGGCCCCGGCUUAUCAUCAUGCUCCGGCUGCCCCAGCGUACCACCAUGCUCCGGCUUACGAGGCACCGAAGAAGGAGUACGGACACCAUGCUCCGGCUGCUCCAGCGUACCACCAUGCUCCGGCUUACGAAGCACCGAAGAAGGAGUACGGACACCACGCUCCGGCACCCAUGCACGGAUACGAAGCGCCCAAGAAGGACUACGGAAAGCCGCCGGCGCACAGCGGAUACGGUGGAUACAAGCGCGCCAGCGAUUUCGGAGCUGAGAUGGAGGAGUAG